AUGACAACCGCUGUAUCAACCGCUCUGGGCCCUUUCCCGUUCCCUCCGACCUAUAAUUUUCCACCUUUCUUCACCCCGCAACCAAACAGCACCACACGACACUCGCAGCUUGAGAAAUGGUCCUCGCUGAUUCAAGCCUGGUGUCGCCAUCACCGAACCUACCGUCUUUCUCUCAUUGAGGCCGUUGAUACUCCGCUUUUUCACAACGCUACCCUGCGAAAGCGUCUCGAUCUCCGCGAGGCGCGCGUCGUGGUUGAUUGGAUGGCCAAGAGCGAGGAGGAAGGAGGGGGGUGGCCGGAGGAAUGGGCGGAUGUGCUGACAGAUUGGGUUGACAGUACAGGACAACGGGGUGUCGUUUUGACAGUCUAUGAGCUUUUGCAAGGGGAGGCAACCGUAUCCCAAGAAUUCCAUGGGAUGGAUACUGAGGCCAUGAUGAAGAGCCUCAAUGUCCUAGUCAAGCGGGGCAAGGCCCAAGUCUUCGGCAACGAGGGCGAAGAGGGUGUCAAGUUCUUUUAA